GGAUCAAAUGUGGACCCAACUUCAAUUACGUCGAUGGUUUCACACCCAAUAAUUGUCAAAUUUGGAUGGUUCAGAUGAUUGAAAAGGAUCUAACAUUUCGUCUGACAUUUUAGGAUGAAGAUGAUUCAGUUCAUUUGGUCCAUAAAUGGAUUGCAAUGUUGGUGGCACUGGCAGUGUACCCGCUUGGGGAGGUAGAGAGUUCUUGUAUGUACAAGCACUGUAGUAAUCCGAACUCAGAAGAUGGGGUGGUGGUUAUGGUUCUGGGUUUUGCUUGCUUUUGUUGUUGAGUUUCAGGUUCAUAAGAGUAAUGGGUGCCUGGAGAAAGAGAGGGUCGCUCUGUUGGAACUCAAAACUUCAAUCUUUCAGCCUGAUGGCUCCUCUUUGUCAACUUGGGAUGACGAAGAGGGUGACUGUUGUGAGUGGGAGGGUGUCAAGUGUAACAACACAACAAAGCGAGUUAUCCAGAUUUCACUUAGCGGAGCAAGGCAGGGUGACUGGAACCUAAACGCCUCUUUGUUUCUUCCCUUUGAAGAAUUACAGAGUCUCAACUUAUCUUCUUGUUUGCUUUCUGGUUGGGUUGAGAAUGAAGGUUUCGAGAGAUUGUCUAGAUUGAGAAAUUUGGAGGUGCUUGAUCUAAGUUGGAAUUCCCUUAAUGAUACAGUCUUUUCAUCUCUGAAGAUGCUAUCAUCCCUUAAAUCUUUGAAUCUMAGUAAUAACGCUAUAUUUGAAUCUACUCAUAUUCAAGAACUGGCUGGUUUGAUCAACUUGGAGGUGCUAAAUCUGGGUAAUAAUGAAAUUGGCAGUUUCCCAACCGUUGCAGGGCUCAAAAGCCUAAAGAAGCUGAAGGUUCUAGAUCUACGUGGUAAUAGUUUCGAUACAAGCAUUCUACAAUUUCUUGGUGCACUUUCAUCUCUUGAGAUACUCUAUCUUAGUAAGAAUAAUUUGAAUGGCUCAAUUGAUAUUCAAGUGUUAGAUGCUUUGAGCAAUUUGCAAGUCCUAGGUUUGGCAUCCACCUCGGUCAAUAGAAGUAUUCUUCAAAAUAUAGGGGUUAUGACAUCUCUUAAGGUCUUAUCUUUGAGCAAUAAUGGACUCAAUGAGACUCUAUCAGCUGAAGGUUUAUGCACAUUGAAGAACCUUGAGGAGCUAGAUCUUAGCAUGAAUGGUUUUGAGGGGAACCUUCCUUCAUGCUUAGAAAACUUGACAUCACUUCGUGUGUUGGAUCUCUCUUCCAAUCAAUUUGGUGGAAACAUUUCCUCAUCUCUCAUUACUAGUCUCAGAUCUCUGGAAUACCUUUCUUUAUCUGAUAACCGCUUUCAAGGUCCAUUCUCAUUCAGCUCAUUAGCUAACCAUUCCAAACUCGAAGCAUUUGCAAACAGCAACAAUGAACUGGUACUGGAAACCGAUUACUCACCUUGGGUCCCAACCUUCCAGUUGAAGAUUUUGCUUUUUUCCAACUCCACCAUCAAGAGAUUGUCUGGUUCUAUUCCCAAAUUUCUUCAAUACCAAUAUGACUUGAGAGUAGUUGAUCUUUCCCAUAACAACUUUGAAGGAGAAUUUCCAAAUUGGUUGCUGGAAAACAAUACAAGACUUGAGAUUCUGAACCUAAAGAACAACUCCUUGACAGGUCAGUUUCUUCUUCCAUCCCAUCCUAAUAGAGAUACAUCCAUAUUAGAUAUCUCUAGAAAUCACAUUUCAGGAGAAAUUCCAACAAAUAUUGGCACAAUUCUACCAAAUUUAUUGGUGCUAAAUAUGUCAAGCAAUUCUCUUAGAGGUAGAAUUCCUUCUUCUUUGGGAGAUAUGAAAAGGCUACAGGCUUUAGAUUUGUCGAACAAUCGUUUCUUGGGAGGAAUACCAGAAAACUUGGCAACGGGUUACACCUCAUUGGAGCUCAUUAAGCUAUCAAAUUGUAACUUAAAGGGCCAAAUUCUUCCAUCAUUUUCCAACUUGACUCGCUUGCACUACCUCUACUUAGAUGGAAACCAGUUUACAGGGGAGAUUCCAGAUAUAUUGUCUAACAGUUCCGAGCUAAAGAGACUGGAUAUCAGUCAUAACAAUAUAUCCGGCAAGCUGCCGUGGUGGAUGGGAAACAUGUCAUCAUUGGAGGCACUGAAAAUUACCAACAAUCAUCUUGAAGGUCCAAUCCCGGUUGAGUUCUGUUCACUUAAUGAUCUUAGAAUUAUAGACCUCUCUGAGAACAAUCUUUCUGGCUCUAUACCAGAUUGCUUUAGUCCACCUUUCUUAUUUCAUGCACGUUUUCAGAAAAAUGGGUUCACAGGACCAAUGACAACUGCUUUCUCCAAAAGCUCAUAUUUGGUGACACUAAACAUUGCAAAAAAUUAUUUGACUGGUAGAAUUCCAGAUUGGAUUGGCAAGCUACAGAGUUUGAGCAUUCUACUUCUGGAUGAAAAUAACUUCCAAGGCAAAAUUCCCACUCAGUUGUGUCAAUUGUCCAAGAUAACCAUACUGGAUCUUUCUCACAAUAAUCUUUCAGGUACUAUACCUUCUUGCUUAUCUAACCUAACAUUCAAGGUAGGUUUUCGAUCUGGAAAAUAUCGUCUCCAACAGGGUUCUCCAAUCUACUCAUCAUAUUCAUUUCAAAGUCUAGUGAAGGAAUCUGGUGAUUUGGAUCUGUACCAAGUUAAUUUUUAUAGCUAUAUUGCUGUAUAUGAGGUGACGGAGAUGGAGUUCACAACAAAGACUAGGUCCUAUAAUUACAAGGGCAACUCUCUUUAUUACAUGACUGGAAUUGAUUUCUCAUCAAAUCGAUUAACAGGUGACAUCCCACCUGAAAUUGGGAACUUAGGAAGACUUCGUGCAUUUAAUCUUUCUCACAACCUUUUAGCUGGACCCAUUCCUACAUCUUUUUCAAACUUAGAGAAGAUAGAGAGCUUGGACCUUUCUUACAAUAACUUGGCUGGGACUAUUCCUUCAGAACUAAGCAACCUGAACUCUUUAGCAGUCUUCAGUGUGGCGCAUAACAAUUUAUCUGGUCAAAUUCCAGAUAGGAAGCAAUUUGCGACAUUUGAAGAGAGCAGUUAUGAAGGCAAUCCCCUUCUAUGUGGAUCUCCAUUUGAGAAAAGUUGCAGCACACUUGAGCCAACCCCAUUUAAUAAUGAGAGAGAAGACAAAGAUUUCAUGGACACAGACAGCUUCUACCUGAGCUUUGGAAUUUCAUAUACUACUGUGUUGAUAGGGUUUAUUGGAAUUCUCUAUAUUAACAACAGCUGGCGACGGUUGUGGUUUAAUCUACUUGAUUAAUGUAUCACCUCUUCAAGAAACUUUAGUUYAGACAGAUUCCACUAGCUGUUCAUCUGGGUUGCCUAUAAACUUCAUGGUUGUAUGUAYAAUUCUAUAUAUACAUUUUAUUGAUACA